UAUAGAUUCUUUAAGAAAUGAACACAGUAAAAUAUAGUUUGAUCUAAAUCAAAUUACGUUGAGGGAAAAUUAAUCGUUUAACAUGGCAAAAAUCUCAUUUGUAAUUCUCGUUGUGGCCCUCAUUGCCUUUCUACGUGUCUCUGAGGCUCAAUCUUCGAAAGAUCGCGACGAAAAAAAAAUUGAAAAUGACCUGCAUGAAGCAAAGGACUUGAUCGAAGAGGACUUGAAGGAAAAGGAAAAGAACAUCAAGAGCUUGGAAGACGAGGUGAAUAUGUUAACCAAAUCUGAGAAGAUGUUGAAUGACAUCGGAGAAGCUCACAAAAAAGGUGAGAGUCUAGAACCUUACGGGAAAAAGCUCAAGAAAUUCAACAGGAAGGUCAAGCAGGCACCAAAGGCAAAGAGAGGAUCCGUAGUUCAAAACAUUUUGAAGGAUUUGGGAUUAAACGGAGGGAGAAACUGAAACAAUAACUAGGGUUUGAUGGAUGUUUUGAUGCGUUUAGGAAGUUUCAAAUUGGCUUUGCAAAUGAGAUGAGCAAAUAUCUUUCCCAUUGUAUAUAUUUAUUUAACUACAUCAACUGAAUAAUAAAUCAAUUGUAAUACAAUUUAAUGUAUUACUUAUAUUAUCUAUC